AGUAUUCCAUCUUGGGUUCUCAGCUCUUGUCAGAUCAGUGGUUCCCAACCUUUGGGCCUCCAAAUGUUUUGGACUUCAACUCCCAGAAAUCCCAGCCAGCUUACCAGAUGUCAGGAACUGUGGGAGCUGAAGUCCAAAACAUAGUUGGAAGAGGCCACAACGGCCAUCCAGUCCAACCCCAUUCUGCCAUGCAAAGCAGAAUACAGUGUUCCUUCACUACUUCACAGUUCACUUUUCACAGAUUCGCUGUUUUUCAAACUCUAAGACUAUUAUAAAUCAUAAAAAAUUACAAUUUACAGCCUAAGGAAGGGAGGAAGGAGAAGCCAAAGGGAGAGAAAAGGAGCCCAAGCAGCAACAGGAAGAGAAGAAGGAGAUUUAUCAACACACAAUUGGUUGAUAAAGACGUAAAAUAGUGCAUAACUACUAAAAUAAUGUAUAAAUAUUAAAUAUAGGGUCCCUACUUUGUGGAUUUUCACUUAUUGCGGGUGGUCCUGGAACCUAACCCCCACGAUAAGUGAGGGAACACUGUAGACAAAAGAUCAUGCAGCCUCUGCUUGAAAACCAAAUGAGGAGUGGCUUAGGGAGCUGGGUAUGUUUUGCUUGGAGAAAAGAAGGCUGAAAGGGGACAUGAUAGCCAUGUUUAAAUAUUUUAAAGGAUGUCACAUUGAAGAUGGGGUAAAUUGGUUAUCUGCUGCUCUAGAGAACAAUCAAUUCAAUUUGCAGGAAAAGAUAUUCCACCUAAACAUUAAGAACUUCCUGACUGUAAGAGCUGUUUGGUAGCGGAAUAUGCUGCUUGUGAGUCCAGUGGAGUUUCCUUAAUUGGGAGAUUGUAUUUUCCUGGAUAGCAAGGGGUUCGACUGGAUGACCCUUGUGGUCUCAUCCAGCUCUAUGAUGUCAUGCCCUAUCAAAUAUGAAUCUCCUGGCCAUUGCCUGCUGUGCCAGCAUUUUUAAAAACCUUGCAAGUCCUUCCCAGAUCAGUGAUACUAUCAUGAGCCGCAAGAAAGGUCUCAAUGGCAUAUCUGUGGAGCAUGUCUCCAGCAAGGGAUGGCCAUGCAUCUUUCCAUCAAUCUCAUGUCUGUCGAAGCUGGAGGAGGAGAGGUACUACUUCAGCUGCCAAAAGCUCCAGUAGAUUCUAGCAAAACAGACAAUAAAACCAGCUAAGCUCAGCAGGAAGCAUGACUCCAUGUUAUGCAGCACCUGGCCGUGGCUGCUCCCUGAACACCUCUCCGCCUGGGGUGCAACAAGCUGAAAGGCAAAUUGGACCACGUCCUUGUCAUCGCAAGACACAAGAGACGUUGUUUGCCUUGGCUCUUGCUUCCUCUGGAAGGGAUUCCUGACAGGUCAGCUGCUCCCUUUGGAAGAUACAAAGUAUGAGGAGCAAGUGGUCAAGGGGGUCCGCGAUCGCUCAGUCCUGCUGGCCUGCGGGGACGUGGUCUCGCCCAUGAUUGUCUUCUGGAGUUUCACCAGGCAGGGCUCGCUCAUCCCCAGGGCCGUGGCCAUCAGCAAUGGCCUAGACUCCAAGGUGGAGAAGUCCUCUGUGGUUCUAGGGGACGUGACCUUGAGGAACAGCACCCUGGAGAUCGAGAACCUGAAGAAGGCAGCGGAAGGGCACUUCAUGUGCCAAGUGAUGUACGAAGAGGAAGGGGAGAUCAAAGUGGCUUAUUACUAUAUUGAGCUCAUUGUUUUGGUCCCUGUUUCAAAGCCCUUCCUACAGAUGAAUGACUCAACGCCUGUGGAAGACAUGCCUGUACUGAUGGUGUGCACAGUGAAAGAGGGCACACCCCCAGUUGAGUUUUCCUGGCAGCGCUACACCAAUCGAGACGGCGUGAUACCCAUCACAGAAGCAGUCGGUGGUUUCUUGAACCUCACAUCUACUAAUAGGACUCACAUGGGAUGGUAUACCUGCACAGCCCACAAUGAAGUCAACAGCCAAACCAGCGACCAGAUGUACCUUGAUGUGAUCUAUGGUCCUGAUGAACCAGUGAUCAGCGUGGAGCCAUUUGCUGUCAACCAACACGGCUUCUUAGCCAAUGAACAAGAAGAAGUGAUCAUGACCUGCCUGGCUCUUUCUAAUCCACCCAGCCAUUACAUUUGGUUCUACAACAGCUCUCAAGUCCAUUCAGGUCAGAAGUACGUGAUUCCCAGGAUCUUGCGGACCCAAACAGGCAUCUACACUUGCUUGGCCCAGAAUUUGCAUUUGAAUACCCGAACUCAGACCGCCAUCAUUUUAACCGUCUAUUAUUUGCCUCAAGGGAAGCCCAGCUGCAUACCGCUGCCAGCUGCCAAUUUCCGAGACCUUGCUCUACACUGUUUGUGGCAGGGGGGCUUCCCCCCAGUGCGGCUGCAGUGGGUCAAAUCCAGAAAGGAAGCAAACCAUAUGGCAACCUACUCCAACAUAACCCAGAUCUACCGGGGCAUGGACAUUCACAAUGGGACCUCAUACACUUGCCUGGCUUCCCACCCAGCACUGAAAAAGGAUGCCGUCUGCAGGACCUCUGUGUGGGUUCCAGGUGGGAGCCCGUCAUGCAGUGCAGUGGCAACGAAGAAGAAUGAGUUCCUCAUGCUGACCUGUGACUGGGCAGGCGGAGAGCCCCGGGUGACCCUUUGGUGGAGAGACUGGAGGGACCAUGUCCUGGGUGGGCUGAAGCAAUCCCACAACAUCUUCGUCAUGAAAUCCAACACUACUCUGGGGGGCAAGGAAUUCACCUGUAUGGCUGCUCAUCCUCUUCGGGCAAAAGCUGCCAAGUGCCAUGUCCGAUUGGAACCUCCCAGACUCGUGGUGGAGAGAUCCAAGGUGUCACUCUUUGAAGGCAAUGGGGUCCAGUUGGCUUGUCACCUCCUAACUGCUUACCUGGGCUCAGAAGUCUUCUGGUACAACAACAAGAACCAAGUCAUUAGAUCUGAUGCUAAGAAAUACAGACUGCAGAAGGAGACUGCUUGGUUCAACUUGACCUUGCAGGAUACAGAGUGGAUGAAGGACAGUGGCAUUUAUCGCUGUACUGCCAUCAAUGCUGUGGGCAAUGCCUCUGCCUUUGUUAACCUGCAAGUUAAGAAGUAUCCCACUCCACCGAAUGUGACAAUUAGCAAGCUGAUGUACAUGCGUCACCGCACGGAGGUGGAACUGGAGUGGCAAACCCAAGGCUCAGGCAACCUGACUGGCUUUGUGGUUCAGAGGCGAGAGGCCAAAAAGGCCACCAAAAAACAGCUGGAUAUCUCCUGGGAAAUAGUAGCUAGCGAUAUUGACCCAGAUAUCCGUGACCAGAAACUGGGUGGAUUAGAUCCUGCAAUGGUGUAUGCUUUCCGCAUCUUGGCUGUCAACCACCGUACCACUGGGCACCCCUCGGAGGUGAAGACACCAGCUGAUCCUCCUUUCAAUGCUUACCCUGCUGUGAUCGGGGCUGCCGUAGCUGGAAUGAUUGUCGCAACUAUCACAUCCCUUCUGGUUUUCCAGUACAUUGUCCGCAACCGGGAGAACAACCCAAGGUUACAUGACCUCCUCUUCAGAAUGGCUGGAGCAGAAGCUCGUGAGCACAUCAGCACUCCAGAGGAUGCUGAGACAGCAGUGAGGCCAGAUGUUGAAGCCAGCGAGCAGGUUGGGGAGCCUUCCACUGCAGCAUCUGGGGAAACAUUAGCAGAGCUUAGUCCAGAGGACACUACUGGAGGCCCAGAGGAUCCUGAAGCAGCUCCAACUCCAAAACCCACUGCCGUUGAUGAUCCAGUUAAUGUUACAAUCACAGUAACAGCAACUCCAUGACUGCUGGGAAAUCUGAUUUCAUGGGAGUCCAUUCAGAAUAACUUAUGGAGUGCUUUUUUUGAACACGAGGCAAGGACAGUGAUAUGGGAAGAAACUGUAGGGCUCACAAGGAUGUACAUCUGGGCCUUGAACCAGGCAUGAACUGUCCUCUCCCAUGUCCUGUUGUUUCUACAUUUUGGGGAAAGAGCAGAAGUGAAGGGGCAGAUGGCCAUCUCAGAACAUUUAUCUCCCACCAGUGUGGUUGGCAAUGAACAAAUAACCUGUGAACAGUCAGCAAACUGCUUUUGAGUAAUUUGAUUCUGGGGAAAAGCCAACAAAGCAGUUUUGGGUCUACAUCUGGAAGCCUUCAAGAAGGCACUUUAGUUUUCACAUGACUUCAGAAAAUGCUGAGAGAUUUCAGGUGGGACAUACCACAUCAUCCAAUUGAGCUGAUGGUUUGGGAUGCUAAGUGGGUUUGGAGUAGGUUGUUGCUAAUGCUUGGUUUCACUGAUGCUACGGUUAAACAGUUUGCUCCACA